AUCCUGUUUACAGGUGUAAGCCUGUUUACUGGGACAUAAGACAUGGGUUUUCCAUGCCACAUCCUGCCUGAUCUACCACUUCUCUCGAUUUGUGGGUUACUAGGGGCCCAUUAGUGUUUGGUGGUGGAAAACCAGUUAUGUGAGCUCUGCAUUUUGAUUCAUGUUAGGCUUCAUCCUAUUCAUCAGACAGUGGUGGUCUUCCCCUCUGUCUUGAGUACCUUCUGGCCUCAUGGAUUUGGCAUGACUAAUGGUCUCCUUUAGUAGUUUCUAUGUCUUUGUCCAUUUUUUUUCCUGAAUUCAGUUGAAACAGUGAUGCAUCUCUGAGCACAGAGAGGGUGGUUGUAUUGGGUCUUGCCUGAGCCUCUAUUACAGGUGGUGGCAAUCCACUUGCCCUUGUUUGGGGUUCUCCUCAAAAAGAUAUGGAUAAGAAAACAGAUGAAGAGCAGCCUUUGACUGCAUGUAACCAGUAUCCUAAAGAAGUGGUGAGGAAACGCCAGAAUUCGGGUCGAGGUUCCAGGGGCAGUGAUUCUUCCAGGACCUCCAGGAAAAGCUUCAGGCUGGACUACAGAUUAGAAGAGGAUGUGACUAAAUCAAAGAGAGGGAAAGAUGGGAAAUUUGUCAACCCGUGGCCAACGUGGAAAUCGCCAACCUUGCCAAGUAUUUUGAAAUGGUCCCUCAUGGAAAAAAAUAACAGCAAUGUGCCAUGCUCAAAGCAGGAACUCGAUAAAGAGCUUCCAGUGUUAAAACCUUAUUUUGUUCAAAAGCCGGAACUUGCUGGGAAGACAGGAACUGGUAUGCGAGUCACGUGGUUGGGACAUGCCUCAGUUAUGGUGGAAAUGGAUGAACUUAUAUUUCUUACUGACCCAAUCUUCAGCCAGCGAGCUUCCCCUACUCAGCUGGUGGGUCCCAAGCGCUUCCGAGGACCUCCGUGCACAGUAGAGCAGCUCCCCAAAAUAGAUGCAGUCAUGAUCAGCCACACCCAUUAUGAUCAUUUGGACUACAACACUGUAACGAGUUUAAAUGAACGCUUUGGGAGUGAGCUGCGCUGGUUUGUGCCUCUGGGGCUCUUGGACUGGAUGCAGAGAUGUGGUUGUGAGAAUGUGAUUGAACUGGAUUGGUGGGAAGAGAACUGCGUCCCUGGUCAUGAUGCGGUAACUUUUGUCUUCACUCCUUCUCAACAUUGGUGCAAAAGGACUGCGACAGAUGACAACAAGGUUCUUUGGGGCAGCUGGUCUGUCUUGGGACCUUGGAAUAGGUUUUUCUUUUCAGGAGAUACUGGAUAUUGUGUUGCUUUUGAGCAGAUAGGUAAAAGGUUUGGACCUUUUGAUCUUGCAGCCAUCCCCAUUGGAGCUUAUGAGCCAAGGUGGUUUAUGAAAUACCAGCAUGUGGAUCCUGAAGAAGCAGUAAGAAUCCAUAUUGAUGUUCAAGCAAAGAAGUCUGUAGCAAUUCAUUGGGGGACCUUUGCUUUAGCAAAUGAGUAUUACUUGGAUCCUCCAGUUAAACUGAACGAAGCUCUUGAAAGAUAUGGCUUGAAACAAGAAGACUUUUUUGUCUUAAACCAUGGAGAAUCACGGGACUUGAGUACCAAUGAUGGGUUUGAAUAAUGAAACAGUAGCAGUUCCUUGUAAGCCCUGUUUGAUUUGAACUAGUAAUUAAUGUUACAAAUAUGAAUAUGAUGCACUUACAAAGUAGAUUUAUUGGAGUGAAUUGGAUUUUUAGAUGCCAGGUUUGUCAGUUUCAGAACUAAAACUUUCACAAUAAAUUUUACUAGUUCUAUUGUUUAUAAAUUUUGAGGGGUGAUCUAAAAACUGGUUAAUAUAUAAGGUAUUGUCUGGGAAUAACUUGCAGUUUCAACUCUUGUGUACGCCACUGAUAAAUUACUGU